GCGUGUACUAGUAGGAUCGAGCGAGUGAGAUGGGAAAGAACUACUAGACAUGUGGUGUCGGUUUCUUCCGAGCACUCACACACGUAGACAGCAACCCUGUAUUGGGGUUAGGGUUUUGGAUGGUUUAAGUAGCGCUGGCAGCUGUUACGUGUCAGCGAUACACUUCCCAGAGGCAGCUUGAAGCAAUGGGCAAUGUUCUAUCAUGGGUCAUCGACGCAGCACCCCCAAAGGCCACUUUUUCCGUUGACCAAAUUCCAGAUCUGACAGGAAAAGUAAUCAUUGUGACUGGUGCCAAUACGGGUAUCGGGAAGGAGACUGCGAAAGUUCUACUCGCACAUGGCGCAAAAGUUUACAUCGCGGCUCGCAACCAGGCUGCCUCAGAGGAGGCUAUUCGUCAACUGAAGCAGGAGACCGGAAACGAGGCAAUAUUCUUGAAACUUGACCUUGGAGACCUAAAGGCAAUCAAGGCGUCUGCUGAAGAGUUCCUGAGCAAAGAAACACGACUACAUAUCCUUUUAAAUAACGCUGGUGUUAUGGUACCACCCAUCGAGCUAGUGACUGCAGAUGGCUACGACCUCCAAUUUGGAACGAAUAUCCUUGGCCACUAUUACUUCACAAAGCUCCUGCUCCCCAUUCUAACCUCGACGGCUAAAGCCACUUCUGAGGGAAAAGUCCGCGUUGUAAACGUCGCUUCCUGCGCGCAUUUAUUUGGAGGUCUCAAUUUUAACACCUUCAAAGAUGGCCCGGCUCGAAAGAAAUGCUCAGAGGGCAAACUCUACAACCAAAGCAAAUUCGCAAAUGUCGUUUUCGCUCUUGAAUUGGCGAAGCGAUAUGGAGACCAGGGUAUUAUUUCGACGGCACUGAAUCCUGGCAAUAUCAAUUCGGAUCUGCUGCGUCACGCUGAGGCUCAACUUCCAAGUAUUGUCAAGAAGAUUAUAAUUAGGGUGUUACUGUAUGAUGUGUCGCAAGGCGCCCUUACGCAGUUGUAUGCUGCUACGUCCCCAGAAGCUGCUAGCUUGAAUGGCAAGUAUCUUGUGCCAUGGGCUCGCGUCAGACCGCCUAGGCAGGAAACACAAGACCCUCAACUCGGUAAGGCGCUAUGGGAUUGGCUGGAGGAGCAAGUCAAAUAUGUAUGAUUCGAAGAUGAGCAUAUUUGAAUUCUGAGUUUGGUAGCAUCAAUGGACAUCGUCUCGACUUUUUGUGGUGCCUGUUUGUCUACAACUGGUGAAAACGGGGAUUAAGGAGCAACAAGAAAAGGAAUGUAUGCAGUCUUUAGCCUUCUUCAUCGGAAGAGGAACCCAGAG